AUGAAUGGCCUGGGGUCAACUAACCCCAUAGCAGGGGUUAUAAACAUUUCUCUUCUUUGUCUAUGUGUUUCACUAAAUGUAAUUUACAUUUACCGAUUGACGUCAAAAGUAGAUGUGGCUUUAUCUGCCUUAAUAUCUUCAUGUGCAAGAUCUGUGACUUUAAUUUUAAUGGUUUUCAUGGUGCUGAAACACAGGAGUUAUGGUGUCGUCGCAUCUACUACGAUGUCUGUAUUCUGGAUAAUAUUUUCAGCAUUUUCAAUAAUUUUGCAGCGAUCUCUCAUAAUGAAUUAUUUUAAUUCCUCCGGAAAGGUGGAUAUCUCCGACAGUGUUUUUAUUAUAGACCUGAUCUACUAUUGCCUCAUCUAUGUACAGCUAAUCCUAUCAGUUUUUACUGAUAAACGAGACAUCAAUCACCUUCAGAACGAUAGUGAUUUCGAAGAAGCAACGUUUAUUUCUUUAAUAACAUUUUCCUGGUUUAGCAAGUUUGUAUUAAGUUCUGUGUUUUACAAAUAUUUUCAUUGA